AUGAGGCAUCAAAAUUGUUUUCCUAAAAGUUUCUUUGGCUUCGCAAUAAAAUCUUUCAUUUUCGGAUGCAUUAUGCAAUUAGCAGUUUUGUUUACGACCCAUAUUGUUUAUUCAAAAUACAAAAUAUCAUUUGAAAAUAUAUUGUUCGCUGAUGCUUAUUCUGUUAAUGGGACUCCUCAAGGCUCAGUUAUAAGCGAAACUAAAGACCAUUCUCUUUUCUUGACUAUUUACUUGAGUCCUGAUGCCUCUACACCAGAGUGUUUGAAGUCUAUUGGACAUAUUGAGAGGUAUGUUGACGCAAUUUGUCCCCAACAUUUGUGUCAUGAAGAUGAAAUUUUAUAUGGUGUCGGUUUUGGAUUUGAUUUCUUUCGAAAGAUCAGUCCUGAUUUUGAACACAAGAAAAUUGAACCUUUUGAAUAUCAUGAACGGUCAGGGGCUUUUGGUAAACUCCCUAAGACGGGUGGAGAUAUAUUUAUUCAUGCUAAAUCCCAUAAUUAUGGGAAGUUGUUUGAACUGACACAGGCCAUCAUCGAUAAUUUACCACCCAGAUCUGUAGCGAAAUUUGAGGAUAUUUACGGAUGGGUUUAUCGUGAUGGGCGUGAUUUGAGUGGUUUUAUCGAUGGAACAAUGAAUCCAAAACAUCUAGAUGAUCGAGCAGAAGUAGCCAUCAAUAAAGAUACAGGUGGAAGUUAUGGUCUUGUUCAAAAAUGGAUUCAUGACAUGGAUUUACUUCGAUCAACACCAGAUGAUGUUAAAGAAAAAUGGAUUGGUCGUACAAUUGAACAUAGUUUUGAAUUACGUGACAAAUCUAUUACAUCACACAUUGUAAGAGUGAUUGGGACUACAGAAAGUGGUAAAUCGCCAAAAUUUCGUAUUGUUCGUCAAUCUCAACCAUAUGGUACUUUAUCUGGUGAAGCUGGUCUAUUAUUCAUUGCAUAUGCAGCUAAUAUAAAUAAUUUUAAUUUUAUGUUAGAUCGUAUGACUGGUGAUACAGAAGAUAAAGAAAUGGAUGAUGUAAUGCGUUUUAGUCAUUGUGUCACAGGAAAUUAUUGGUAUUUUCCUAGUCAAUCGGAAUUCAAUGAUUUAGUUAAGGUUGAUAGACUAGAACCCUAA